GGGCAGAUGGCAGGACAAGGAGCAAUGGGCUCAAGCUGCAGCAAGGCAAGCUGAGGUUGGAUACUGGGAGAAACUUUCUCAGGAGGAGGGUGGUGAAGCACUGGAACAGGCUACCCAGAGAGGUCGUGUAGCCUCCAUCCUUGGCAGUAUUUAAGAGGCAGCUGGACAAAGCCUUGGCUGGGAUGAUGUGGCUGGGGCUGGUCCUGCUUGGAGCAGGGCACUGGACCAGAUGUGACUCCUGAGCUCCCUUCCAGACCCCAUCCUCUGUCAUUCAAUGAUAAGAGCAUCAGAGCUGCCUUUGAUCGGGUCAGACCCAGGUCCGUCUUGCCCAGUUUCCCAUGUCACACGGGGGCAGAGAGUGGAGGCUGGAGGGGGAGUGACGGGGUCUGAGCAGAGUUUUCCUCUGUUCCUCUCUCACAUGCAGCCUCCAGCAUUGAGGGCCCAGGCAGGUCUGUUGCAGAGGCCGUGCCCCUCGCUCCCCCGCACCGUAGACUGGCGCCCCUUUCCUCCAAGCACGUGUCCAAGGCCUUUGCAGAUCUGGCUGCCCUCUCAGCUCCCACCCCAUCUGGUGGCAGCUGUUUCACCUUUGAAUGACAGGCUGGUGCCAAAGAACUGCCUGGGGGUAGUUUUAAGGUUACUGCCCACUGGUUUGAUGCUGUGACCCCUCGCUUGUGUGUUGAGCGAGAGUCGCUAGCAAAUCCCUGGUGACUUCCUCUUCACUACUUAGUAUUUCGUAAGCCCUUCUUGCACCCCCUCUCAAGUGGCUCCUUUCCAUAGUGUCCAAGCCUAGUCUCAUCAUCUCUCCUCAUGUGAAAGCCCCUUCGUGCCACCAGUCAUCCGUGUUGCCAUUCUCCGGGCCCUUCCCUGAGCAAUCCACCCUCUAUCCGGUCCCCUUCCUGGCACCACCCCCAGCUUCAGGGGUGCCGGAGGGAACCUCUCCACCGUUCUGGUCAACAGCUGUUACAGACCUAUGGACACGAACGUCUCCAUCCCUUCUGGCUUGGCUGGGCUCUGCCUCCACCCUGUCCUGCAGCAGUGUGUCCCACGCGUUAACAGGGCCUGGUGUUCUGGGCCCUGGAGAACAGCAGGUCCCUGUUUGUGUUGCUCUCUCCGUCCUGCUGGUCUAGAUCUCUGCCCUGGCCGCCCUCACCUCCUCCUUCCCGCACAGCAAAGCUGGAGCUGGUGCAGUCCCUCCCGAGCAGGCAGCUGCCCCUGCCCCAACAGCUGUGGCUGCCUUUCCCUGCACCUUCUCCUGUGCUGCUGACACACGAAGCACUGCUCACAGGGCCUGGGUGGGGCAGGGUGGCAAUGGGGCUGCACCGUGUGCUUGGAGUCGGACCUGUCCAAGCCGCCGUGCUACGAGGAGGCGCUGCUGAUGGCGGAGCCGCCACCGCCCUACAGCGAGGUGCUGAUGGACACGCGGGGGCUGUACCGCAAGAUCAAUGCGCCCUUCCUGAGCCACGAGCGCCCUGAGAAGCAGGAGCAGCUGCCCAGCUACAAGCCCCUCUUCCUGGACCCGAGCUACGGCUCCUCCCUGCACCUGCCCAGCGGCGCCGGCCAGGGCCACACCUGCCCCGAGCUCUACCUGGCGGCGGAGCACUCCCAGCGCAUGUUCCCCAGCUGGACAGACUCCGAGCUCAGCAGCAGGGACACAUAUGAGCCGGGGCCCUGGCACCUCCCUGUCUCGAUGCCCUUGUUUGGCAGGACUACGGCGGUGUAGAGCGCGCUGCCCAGGCCAGCACCAGCAUGGGACUGGGACCAGGACUGUGGCCGCUGUGCCCCACUGUCGCCCUCCACCGGGCUGCUCCCCACGGCUGCCGGGGGCUCCUCAGGACCAGCGCGACCCCUCGCCCCCCCCGACCCCUGCCUGCCAGGGCCAGGGUGCGAGGGGCUGGCUCCCCUCUCGCCCCCGGCGCCUGCCGGCCUCCCGGGGCUGCAGGGGCUCCGUGCUGCACCCCGGCGCAGCCGUUUCUUAUCUUGUUUGUUACAGUUUGAGAAUAAAAGUUUGUGGA